GAAUGAAUUUUGUAAACACACGUGCGUUUGGCAUUCAUUAAAAUCUCGUUUUUGUAGGGUUUAUAUUUCACACCGUGCUGUUCUAUCGUGGCGUUAGCAGGAAAACUUAGCAAAAUGAAGAAAGAUAAAAAACAGAAAACGCUUGCCAAGCAGGCAAAAGAGGCCGCCACAACGAAUGGUAAAGCCCUGGGCGAAGAGGACGUGAUCAAGGCGAGCUGCGAUCUGGACCUCAUCAAAACGAUCAACGAGAACGACGAGGUGGAAGAUUUCUCCGAGGAGUCCGACGCGGAGGUCGAGUAUCAGCCGACGAAGAUAAAGAAUCAGAAGAAAGGGGAUUUCGAUGCCGACUUCCAGUUUGUGUCGUCGAUAAAGGAGUAUAACCACGACACGUGGGACGACCUGAUGCGGUUCGUGAAACGCAAGAAUCGUGGCAAAGUGGACGACAAGAUUGCCGACGUGAUAAAGAACCGCACCAAGGAGGAUGCGGAGGUGCUGGGCAAGGAUGAGGACGAGGCUGAACGGACGUUCAAUCAGGAGGUCGAUCUGUCCGACGAUGAGCUGAAGCACGAUUACAUGAAGGUGAAGGAGCGCAAGGGCAAGAAGCGCCAGCAACAAAAUGGGACCGCUCCAGCGACGACGGUCGAAGUGAAGGAAGAAACGGAAGACGGUGUAGCCGACUACUUCGAGGAGAUGGAAGACGCGAACCAGCAGAUACAGUCGUUCUACCAGAUGGACCUGUCGCGCCCAUUGAUGAAAGCGAUCGGUGCCCUGGGCUACAUCUACCCGACGCCAAUCCAGGCGUCCACCAUUCCGAUCGCACUGAUGGGCCGUGAUAUUUGCGGUUGCGCCGCGACCGGUACGGGCAAAACGGCCGCCUACAUGUUGCCGACGGUGGAGCGUUUGCUGUACAAGCCGAACGCGGCCCAGGCUGUGACGCGCGUGCUGGUGCUGGUGCCGACGCGAGAGCUCGGUGCACAGGUUUACCAGGUAGCUAAACAGCUGACGCAGUUCACCAACGUGGAGGUGGGCAUCGCGAUCGGUGGAUUGGACGUGAAGGCACAAGAGACAGUGCUGCGGUCAAACCCGGACAUUGUCAUCGCAACACCGGGUCGGUUGAUCGAUCACAUUAAAAAUACGCCUAGCUUCACGCUGGAUUCGAUUGAGAUCCUGAUUCUCGAUGAAGCGGAUCGUAUGCUGGACGAGUACUUUGCCGAGCAGAUGAAGGAAAUCAUUCGCAGCUGUUCGGCCACCCGACAGACGAUGCUCUUCUCCGCCACGAUGACGGAGGAGGUGAAGGACCUGGCGGCGGUGUCGCUCAAGAAGCCAGUGAAAAUCUUCGUCAACAACAACCAGACGGUGGCGUUCAACCUGCGCCAGGAGUUUAUCCGUGUGCGCGAAGGCCGUGAAGCGGAUCGCGAGCCCAUUCUGGCGGCCCUCGUGUGCCGUACCUUCCACGAUCACUGCAUGGUGUUCGUGCAGACGAAGCGUACCGCCCAUCGAUUGCGUAUCCUGCUCGGGCUGCUGGGGGUACAGGCGGGCGAGCUGCACGGUGACUUGACGCAGGCCCAGCGUCUCGAGUCGCUGAAGCAGUUCAAGGACGAACAGAUCGAUAUCCUGGUAGCGACCGAUGUGGCGGCCCGUGGUUUAGAUAUCAGCGGCGUAAAGACGGUGAUCAACUUCGUUAUGCCGCCGACUUUGGAGCACUACAUCCAUCGCGUCGGUCGUACGGCCCGUGCGGGGAAGGCGGGUGUGUCGGUGUCGCUUGCCGGCGAGGCUGAGCGUAGGAUCGUGAAAGACAUCAUCAAAAACGCGACGAACCCGGUCAAGAACCGUAUCAUUCCGGCCGAAAUUAUCGAAAAGUACCGGCGCAAGGUGGCCACGCUGGAGCCGGAAAUCGACAAGGUGCUCGCGGAGGAACGGGCGGAAAAGAUUCUGCGCCAGACGGAGCAGCAGCUGACCAGCGCCGAGCGCAAGCUGAAGGGCCUGCAGGGGACGAAUACCCCGAACGCACCGCCCCGCGAGUGGUUCCAGUCGAGUCGUGAGCGUCGCGAUGAGAAGGACCGGCUAGCCGGCGACGAGGCCCUAGCGAAGAGGAAAGAGGCCCGUCUGGAGGCCGCCAAAAAGCGCAAACGACGCAACGGUGACGACGAUGAUGAUUUCGAUCCCGUCGAGUACCAUAGGCAGAAGAUGUUGAAGCUCAAAUCGGGCGAAGGCGCGGGGAAAACGAAAAAGCCGGGACACGCCAACGCCUCCGAUAACAAACACCCGAAUGUGCUGGCCAAGCAGCGCGCUCUCGAGGAACUGCGCAAGGUGUCGAUGGUGCAGGCUAAGCUGGCGAAGAUUCGUAAUCGGCCGGCGCGUCUUACGGCCACCGCUGAGGAUGUCGACGAGCGCACGACGUCGAACAACUCUGGCGGCCGCCAAAAGAGACAGAAGAAGACCACUCGCUUCGAGCGCGAUCUGACCGAUGUGCGGAACAAGAACGUGAAAAAGCUGCGGUACGACGCGUCCAAGAAGCAGAAGAUGGACAAGCUGGACAAGCGCAAGUUGAGUGGAAUGAAGGUAAGCACGGAGAAGAUCCGCAAUAAGCAGGGCCUGAAUAAGUUCAACAAGGGCAAAGUGUUCGGUCAGAGGGGUGUGAAGCCAAAGGCGGGGGCCGGUGAGAAGACAGCAGGUCGUGGUGGGAAAAAGGGAGGUGGCGGAAAAAGGAAGUAAACUCAACUGAGCGUGCACGACGGAAGGAGGGAGGGAAAGUAAGUUUGUUUGAGAAAGAGUAAAUAAUAAAAUUUAUGUAUAAUAUCUACACUA